GCGUUCAAUGUACUAUAAAAGAAAAGGCUUAACUGCAAACAAACACACAAAGAGAGUUUCAAUGGCAACCCUUAAAGUUCCAUCUCAUGUUCCUUCUCCUUCUGAGGAUGCCGAGCAACUUCAAAAAGCCUUUUCAGGUUGGGGUACGAACGAGCAGUUGAUCAUCGACAUAUUGGCUCACAGGAAUGCAGCACAGCGCAAUUCGAUUAGGAAAGCUUACCAUGAAGCUUAUGGGGAAGAUCUCCUCAAGUGUUUGGAGAAGGAACUUACUCGUGACUUUGAGCGGAUCGUGCUUCUGUUUACCAUGGACCCUGCAGAGCGAGAUGCAUAUCUGGCUAAAGAAGCUACAAAGAACUCGUCGGGCCAUUUUGUUCUCGUGGAAAUAGCUUGCGCCAGGUCUUCAAAUGCACUACUCGAUGUGAAAAAGGCGUAUCAUGCCUGUUAUAAGAAAUCCUUCGAAGAGGACGUCGCACACCACACAUCCGGAGACUACCGCAAGCUUUUGGUCCCGCUUGUUAGCACAUUCCGAUACGAGGGAGAGGAGUCGGACAUGUCGCUGGCGAAAUCCGAGGCUAAGAUACUUCAUGAAAAAAUCUCGGACAAGAAAUACAGUGAUGAGGAAUUGAUCAGGAUUCUAACUACAAGGAGUAAGGCGCAGCUAAAUGCAACUCUCAGUCGUUACAAUAAUUCGUUCGGCAGUCCUAUCAACAAGGAUCUGAAGGCUGAUCCCAGUGAUCAAUUCCUCAAAUUACUGAGAUCUGCUAUCAAGUGCUUGACGACUUCCGAGAAAUAUUUCGAGAAGGUUUUACGUCAAGCACUUGGUAAGUCGGGAACCGAUGAAUGGGCAGUUACCCGAGUUGCGGCAACUCGGACAGAGGUAGACAUGGUACGUAUCAAGGAAGCAUAUCAGAGUAGAAACACCGUUCCUCUCGAGAAAGCAAUUGCUGGAGAUACUUCUGGGGACUAUGAGAAAAUGCUUCUUGCCCUGAUCGGAGCCGGAGAUGUCUGAUCUGUUUCCGAUUUCCGGUUCCUUCGUAUGACUAUUGAAUAGCCUACAUUUCCUUUUCAGCUAUGACUUAAUGCUCUCUUGGCGAUGGUUUGAAACGCCAUUGGU